CCAGUUUCCUGAGAACUUCAACUUCUUUCUCAUCUGAAAGGAUAAUCCUAGAAAGCUCACAAAAUGUGUGAUGCAUUUGUAGGUACCUGGAAGCUUGUCUCCAGUGAAAACUUUGAUGAUUACAUGAAGGAAGUGGGAGUGGGUUUUGCAACCAGAAAAGUGGCUGGUAUGGCCAAACCGAAUAUGAUUAUUAGUGUGAGUGGAGAUGUUAUCACCAUUAAAUCAGAGAGUACCUUCAAAAAUACCGAGGUUUCCUUCAAACUUGGCCAAGAGUUUGAUGAGGUCACUGCAGAUGACAGGAAAGUCAAGAGCUGUUUUACCUUGGAUGGAGGUGUUCUGGUGCAGGUGCAGAAGUGGGAUGGAAAAUCAACCACCAUAAAGAGAAAGAGAGUGGAUGACAAACUGGUGGUGGAAUGUGUCAUGAAAGGCGUCACUUCUACUAGAGUUUACGAGAGAGCUUAAAUCAAGAGACUCUGAGCUGGAUUGAUGUUUGCACCGAACUUCACAAUGUUUCACUGGAUGCAUUGUCCAAAUAUAUUGGUUUUUUUUUUCACUAAUUAGCAAGUAAUCGAUUUCUCCCCAAAUGAUUUCACUAGAUGUAACUGUGUUGGUUAAAUAAAUUUUUUUUAGAUUUAAA